CCUACCUCAUUCAGAAAGAAGCUCACGGCGCCAAUAAGAGCAGGAUGCAUUUCACAUAAAAGAAGCCAUUACUGCUCCAGCUGCCAGCGAAUAUGAUAUGAUGGCGAUGUCCUCUGGGGGACACACUGUGGUCUAUUAGUCUCGUUAGUGCUCCAGAUGUCCAAAAGGACUGCUCUCCGAAAGCUCGUGAUCAAGAUCACUCAAAAUGAACCUUUUACUCGUUUCUGACCGUAAAAACCGGGGAAUUUGACCCUGCUCGUUGAAAUCGGAGCGUUUUAAUCAUUAUAAAACGAUAUCCCGGUUUAUUUUAAAACAGUUAUCUGGUGCACUUUCAAUCAGCCGAGUGUUUGUUUAUGUGUCUCGCGCAUCGCUUUGCAACGCCCAUGGUCUUCUCUAACGUUACCUGAGGAGGGAAAUGCAAAGGGGAGAAACUUUUGAACGUCAGCUGUAGGCGUCUGUCACCACGUGGACUCGGAUGUGAUCGAUGAAGGGUUUUUUAGACUGACACGACGAGAUGAGCGAUGCCAUGGAUGACUCCGGUAUCAUCCGCCGGCGGAGGAUCCAGAAGGAUCUUCCCUUGCCCAGGAAGAGCAGUGGUUGUCGCACCAGUAACCGCAAGAGCCUGAUCUUGACCAGUACGUCUCCCACUCUUCCCCGGCCUCACUCUCCUCUGCCGGGACACAUCGGAAGCAGUCCGCUGGACAGUCCUAGGACCUUCUCUCCCAGCGCACCGGCCCAUUUCUCUUUUGCAUCAUCCAGAAGGGCUGAUGGCAGACGCUGGUCUCUGGCCUCUCUUCCCUCCUCUGGAUAUGGGACCAACACACCCAGCUCAACGUCUUCCAGCUCGUCUCAGGAGCGGCUGCAUCAGUUGCCGUUCCAGCCCACACUGGACGAGCUGCACUUCCUGUCCAAACACUUUGGCAGCACUGAGAGCAUCACUGACGACGACGGCCGGAGAUCACCGCAUGUGCGGCCGCGCUCGCGGAGUCUGAGUCCAGGGCGAUCACCUUCCUGUUACGAUAAUGAGAUUGUUAUGAUGAACCAUGUUUAUAAGGAGCGGUUCCCUAAGGCCACGGCUCAGAUGGAGGAGCGCUUGGCUGAGUUCAUCGAGUCGUACUCACCUGAGAACGUGCUGCCGCUGGCUGACGGGGUCCUCAGCUUCAUCCACCACCAGAUCGCAGAGCUGUCCCGAAACUGCCUGACCAAAUCUCGAGAAGGCCUCAUCACCACCGUCUACUUCUACGAGCUGCAGGAAAACCUGGAGAAACUGCUGCAUGAAGCUUAUGAGCGAUCAGAGAGCUCGGAGCUGACCUUCAUCAUAGAGCUGGUGAAGAAACUCUUCAUCAUCAUCUCCCGCCCUGCCCGACUGCUUGAAUGUCUGGAGUUUAACCCUGAAGAGUUCUACCACCUACUGGAGGCAGCAGAAGACCACGCUAAAGAGGGCCAGCUAAUGAAAGCAGACAUCCCGCGAUACAUCAUCAGCCAGCUCGGCCUGACCAGAGACCCUCUGGAAGAAAUGGUGAAUUUGGAGAGUUAUGACAGCGAGGGACCCCACACGCCGGAGACGGACGACUCUGCUGAAGGGAAGCUCAAAGCCAUCAAACCGCCCUGUGAAUCAGACUUCCAGACUAUCAAACUCAUCAGCAAUGGAGCGUAUGGAGCUGUGUAUUUAGUCAGACACAGAGAGACGCGGCAGCGCUUUGCUAUGAAGAAGAUCAACAAACAAAACCUGAUCCUGCGGAACCAGAUCCAGCAGGCGUUCGUGGAGCGGGACAUCCUGACCUUCGCCGAGAACCCCUUUGUGGUCAGCAUGUUCUGCUCUUUUGAGACACGCCGUCACCUGUGUAUGGUUAUGGAGUACGUGGAGGGUGGUGACAGUGCAACCCUGCUGAAAAAUAUCGGAGCCCUUCCUGUGGAAAUGGCCCGGAUGUACUUUGCUGAAACAGUUUUAGCGCUGGAGUACAUUCAUAAUUAUGGCAUCGUACACAGAGACCUGAAACCAGACAAUCUGUUGAUCACGUCGAUGGGCCACAUUAAGCUGACGGAUUUUGGCUUGUCAAAGAUGGGGCUCAUGAAUCUCACCACUAACCUGUACGAGGGACACAUCGAGAAGGAUGCCAGGGAGUUCCUGGACAAACAGGUGUGUGGCACACCAGAGUAUAUCGCCCCAGAGGUCAUUCUCAGGCAGGGCUAUGGGAAACCAGUGGACUGGUGGGCCAUGGGCAUCAUCCUCUACGAAUUCCUAGUGGGCUGUGUGCCAUUCUUCGGAGACACGACUGAAGAGCUCUUUGGUCAGGUGAUCACAGAUGAUAUUGAGUGGCCUGUGGGAGAUGAGGCACUGCCUAGUGAAGCUCAGAGCCUGAUUUCCGCCCUGCUGCAAACCAACCCACUAGUGCGACUGGGCACAGGUGGAGCGUUUGAAGUGAAGCAGCACUCGUUUUUCUCGGGAUUGGACUGGAAUGGUUUACUCCGACAGAAGGCCGAAUUCAUCCCUCAUCUAGAGUCUGAGGAGGACACCAGCUAUUUCGACACGCGGUCAGAGCGUUAUCGGCACAUCAACUCCUAUGACGAGGACGACACCAACGACGAUGAGCCAGUAGAGAUAAGACAGUUCUCCUCUUGCUCGCCGCGCUUCAGCAAGGUGUAUAGCAGCAUGGAGCACCUGUCCCAGCUGGAGCAGAAGACCCCUGUAGUCACCCGUCGAGAGCACAAAGGUCGCCGCGAUGACAAGAUGGCCAAGCGGGAGAGUCUGGGAAGCUUCACUAUGAGGGACAAGAGCUGGAGGACGGGCUCACCUGAGAUGAAGCGUCUAUCAUGCUCUGAGUCUCUGUAUAUGGAGGGAGACUGCAGUCCUCCGAUGGGCGCCCGGCGCCGUUUUUCAGCCCUGAUGGACACGCACCGGUUUGCCGCUCCUCAAGAGGGCGAUGGAGAGCUCUCCGAAAAACAGGGUGCCGUUAAAGCCCCGGGAUCAUCAUUAGAGGGAGCCAUUGCUCCACCAUCGCCCAGUGCUAAUGAACAGAGGAACGGUGCGAAGGAAGUGAUGUCAGCUAGUAAAGCCCCAGACAAGCCAUUGAGACCAGGUGAGAUAUCAGCACCACAGGCCAUGCCAUCUACAGGAGCCAUAGCAGUGGUCGGUAGGGACAUGGUCAUGGGUGACACUGUCGGACAGCGAGCGACCAAGGAUCUGGUGCUUCGGCAAGCACGUCAUCAGCAGCUGUCAAGCGAUGGGGAGAAACGCAGCUCACGUCCCGGCAACAAGGUCAUCAAAUCUGCAUCUGCCACCGCGUUGUCUGUCAUCAUACCUGGAGUUGAGCAGCACGGUAGCUCUCCACUGGCCAGUCCAAUGUCCCCACGCUCUCUCUCGUCCAACCCCUCAUCGCGAGACUCCUCUCCCAGCCGUGAUUACUGCCCUGCAGUAACAAUUCUUCGUUCACCAAUUACCAUCCAUCGCUCUGGCAAAAAAUAUGGGUUCACUCUCCGUGCCAUUCGGGUCUACAUGGGAGACUCUGACGUCUUCAGUGUGCACCACAUAGUCUGGCAUGUGGAGGAUGGAGGCCCUGCUCAGGAGGCGGGACUAUGUGCUGGUGACCUCAUCACUCACGUCAAUGGUGAAUCUGUGCAUGGAUUGGUCCAUACCGAGGUGGUAGAGCUUAUACUUAAGAGUGGAAACAAGGUGACUGUGACCACAACGCCUUUUGAGAACACGUCCAUUAAAGUGGGACCAGCACGCAAGUCCAGUUACAAGUCCAAGAUGGCUAGACGCAGUAAGAGGAUGGUCAAAGAGGGACAGGAAAGUAAGAGGCGUGGGUCUUUGUUCCGCAAAAUAACUAAGCAAUCCAACCUGCUGCACACAAGCCGUAGCCUGUCAUCUCUGAACCGGUCCCUGUCAUCCAGCGAUAGUCUUCCUGGCUCUCCGACACACAGCCUGUCCGGUCACUCCCCUACCCAGAGCUACCGCACAACCCCUGAGUCAUCCUACCUUGGUGCCUCCUCCCAGAGCAGGACUGCUCCAUCCAAAGGGGUUGUCCCAUCUCACCCACCCCAGGCGCAGUGCUCUGCUUUGGGAAAACUUAGGCAGGACAAGGGCUUAGCUCCGGUCAGCUGCUACCGGGGAACAUUGGAUUGGGAGGACAAAUGUCUCUUGGAGGUUGUUGAGGAACACUCUCCAUCCUCCACUCCUUCUCCAACUGGAGUGCCUCCUGAUCUGCCCAAAACUCAACUUCAGUCUCCUGGUGAGAAAUCUGGUUCGGCUACACAGGUGACAAGCACAGGGAAAUCUAUAGGGCCUGUUAAAGGUGGAACUCAGGAGGGGCCCAAGGCCAAAGAUACCACCAAAUCGUUGGAGGUCACCCAGGCAUGUGCUCCAGGAAGACCUGAUCCUGCUUCUGGGAGUAGACCAAUUUCCAAAGCAGUCGGUCAGAGUCCUACUAGCACCUCCCCGCAGGUGAAGACUGUCAUUACUCCUAAGAAUGGCUCUUGAUCGUCUGCUAGUUGAAAAAAUAAUUGCCUUUAUUGAGGGUUUAGCGGAAUUCAAUGUUUUUGAGCACUUAGAAAUUUAGGGACAUUCCAGCCAGUGAAAAAAAAAGACUAAAUCAUAUUACGCUGAACAAAGGACAACAACUCCAAGGUUAUUUUAAAGGCUGUUAUCUAUUGUACACGCAGAGCUGCAUCAGAAAAAGAGUAUAGGUGUAUUAUAUUAGAAUGUGUGUUGGGUGUUUGUGUGUGCAAGGAGGUGAAUGGGUGCAUGUUUCGUGGUGCUUGUGCAACAAGGUGAAAAAUCGACAAGUGCAAAGUGCUUUAACAGAUCAAACAAUGCUGAAUACUGUGAACACCAAAACAAUGUUCCUACAUUUUCUAAGGUGACCAACCACAUCAUUUCCUUAAACACAAAAACUGAAAAGAAUUUGCUCAAGGUAACAGCUUAUCAAGUUUUUGGCAUAGACAGAACGUAAUCAAGGACACAUUGCUUCCAUUGCUGUAUUUUGUUUUGCUUAUUACAUGAUUCAGGAGUUUCUAAUCAGGUUUAGCAUAUCCAUUAAUAGAUAGUACAUACUGCCUUAGCCAUGAGGAGAAUGUCGGCACAAAUAGCCUUGUGGGCAGCGCGCUGACAUGUAUAGCCAUUGCGCUUCGGGCGUCCUGAGUUUGAAUCCCAGCUCGCGGACCUUUCCCAAACCCCCCCCCCUCUCUCUCUCCCACUUCCUGUCCACUUCCUGUCCUAUCGAAAUAAAAGGCAUAAAAAUGCCAAAAAUAAAGCCAUGAGGAGGAUGCUGGCUAAACCAUAGAUUCAUUCAAAUUCCCUCUUAACCAAAUCUCUCAUCAUACUGAAUCAAGACUGUCGAAACUGUUGACAUUUUGUCGAUUUUGUUGAUCGCUGCCUUCUGAGGUAAAUAUCAUAGGCCCUUUAUGGCAAACUGGUGCAUUUGGUGUACACUUUUGAAUGGGGAAAGUCUAAAACUUGUUAAAUCAAUACAAUCAACUUUGCUAUUAAUUCUCAAACCAAACUAACUAAACUAAAAAGACAAUGUUGUUCCUCCAAGACAACCAUUGAUCUUACCAUAGAAGAAGACAGUUCCUUAGUGUGCAUUGGCAAGCAGGCACCUCUAUAUUUGCAUACUUGCCAAGAGUAUGUUUCUAGCCUUACAGUGUCUCUGUAAAUAAGUUUACAGGCAGAUUUGAUUCAUACUCACAAGUAGGUCAGUGCUAUCCACAGCUCUUGACACAGGCUGGUGCAUCUUUACUCUCUUCUGUGCUACUGAAUUCUCUUUAAAAGUGAUCGUUGACCUCACUGUGACUCUAGCGCUCAAGUCUCAUAUUCGCUACCUGAAUAAUAGUUCUUCAACCAUGGGGGUUUGCGAUAGUAAGGGGUCAAGGUUUGACUGGUUAGCAUGCCCCGGUUAGCCCCUGCUGGUAGAUGUCAUAACUUCACCAUCUGGCUGCAAAGAGGCAUUGACAGCUAUUUAAAAGUAGCUGUGUAUUGAAAUGAAUGCUAAUGCAUUUUGAAAAUCAGUAAUAUGAGAGAAGUGGUUAAGGUUUUGAACAUCUUUGCAUCUUUGCAAUGGAGUAGUGACUAUUAAAAUGUGAGUUUUAAAAUCAUAAACUAAAAACCUUUUAAACCUUUAAAAAAUGUAAGUGCUAAAUGCAUAUCAACAAUUUUAGAUGGUAUCCUUUAUGAGCAUCGUCGUAACACAGGUCUUGAUUACAGAGAUUGUUGGAUCAGCACAUUUAUGAUGAUUGUUGGAAAGUGAAGGAGGAUUUUAUGGUAAAUAUAUUCUAUAGUUACUCAAGCAUCAGUUAAUGUCACUGUUGUCAUGGCAACUUGGAGCUGGUGUAGCCUGCCUUCUGUUGGCGUUUCUUUGUGUGAUCUGAAUGUUGUUUACUAACAUGCAAUGAAAAUGUCACUAACAUUUGUUCUAAAGUAACUCUGUUUUCACUUAAGCAUAUGCAAAACAAAUGUUUGUAGGGAUGCGACUGAUGCUUUUUUGCAGCGUUUGUUCUUUUGCCAUUUCCAAUGAAACAUCACUAGAAAACGGUUGUGAAGAUGAACAGUGGUUUACUACAGUAACCAUAGUUUAUCUAUGGUAUUAGUAGUAAAACAUAGUAAAGAAAUGGUAUAAAACAGUAAUAAACUAAAUAGUAUAAAUUGUAUUUGUCUCAGUAUUAUCAAUUUCAUAAUUAUGUAAGCAAAUU